AUGGAAAGGGAGAACUAUACCACAGUGACCAACUUCCUUCUCCUAGGACUGAGUGGAUCUCCAGUGGUCCAGUUCCUCCUUUUUUUCAUCUUCCUGGCUGUCUAUGGAACAACAGUGCUGGGAAAUCUCCUCAUUGUGGCACUGGUAGCCUGUGAGCACAACCUUCACAUGCCUAUGUACUUGCUUCUGGGGAACCUCUCCUUCCUGGAUUUCUGCUGCUACUCUGUCACAGCCCCCAAGAUGUUGGUAGGCUUCCUUUUCCCAUCUCAAACCAUCUCCUAUGGGGGUUGUGUGGCCCAGAUUUUCUUCUUCCAUUUCAUUGGAGGUAUCAAGAUCUUCUUGCUUACCAUCAUGGCCUAUGACCGGUAUGUUGCCAUCUUCCACCCACUGCGCUAUAUGACCAUCAUGAGCCAUGGUGUGUGUGUUGGACUAGUGACAGCUUCCUGGGUUGGGGGCUUCAUCCACUCCAUUGUCCAGGUAGUCAUCAUCCUCCAACUCCCCUUCUGUGGCCCCAACAAGCUGGACAACUUCUACUGUGAUGUGCCCCAGGUAGUGAAGCUGGCCUGUACAAACAUCAUCACCGAGGAGCUGCUAAUGGUGUCAAACAGUGGCCUGGUGACCCUUCUGUGCUUUGUGGUGCUGCUCAUCUCCUACUCUGUCCUGCUGGCCAAGCUGAGGACACACUCCAGUGAAGGACGGAGCAAGGCCUUGUCUACUUGUGCUUCUCACAUCACUGUGGUGACCCUGAUUUUUGGGCCCUGCAUAUACAUCUAUGCUCGCCCCUUUCGCUCCUUCCCCUUGGACAAAGCUGUCUCCCUUCUCUACACAGUCAUCAUGCCUGUCUUGAAUCCAGUCAUUUACACACUGAGGAAUAAGGUGUGCAAAUGGCUAUGA